CUUCGGUUACCUAGACAAGUCAAGCUACGGCAUCCAGAUAGUGUGAUUUAUAUAUAUAAAAUAGAUGUAUACAAUUAAUCAAAAUAACAGGAAGCCAAGCUGCUGUGUAUAUGUAAUUAUGUAUAUCCACUUCAGCUAACAUCUUUCAAUAUUACAAAUGCAGAAAAUGCUUCUCAAUUUGUUAUGCAGUUGGGUGCUCUUAGUCACAGUUCUAGAUGUAGAUAUUGUCGUGCAUGGCGGAUCCGUAGGCCCCGAAAAUUGCACAGAGGCUCGAUGUAAAGACCAUGGCCCUGCGAUCCGAUUCCCAUUUCGACUAAAAGGAAUGCAGCCACUCCAUUGCGGUUACCCAGGCUUUGAUCUGUCAUGCAACAAGGACAAGGAGACUGUGCUCCAGAUCACCCCAUCAUCAGCAGACAACUUCUUUGUUAAAAGGAUCGAUUACGCAGCUCAGGAAAUUGAAAUAUAUCUUUAUAAUCAGUAUGAUGAUAUCAAGUAUUUCGAUGAUAUUUGUAUUCCUAUGCAGAUCUUCGAGCUCGGUUCUUCUCCAUUCAAAUACUCAGACGCCCAACACAAAACUAAUUAUACCAUAUUCAGUUGUCCACCGUCAGAUGAAAGAGAACGGUAUCCAUCCUUUUGUACACUGACGAAACUGAGCCCUUGCCUUGGCAAUCACAGCAGCAAGAUGUAUGCUCUUCAGGAUGGAUGUGCAGAACUUAAAUACAUGCCCAAUCUGGUGUCGUGUACCAAGGUGGAAGACUACAUGUCAGUACCAUCUGUUUGGAUGCAGCCUGUGAAGCUCAAAUGGUCCAGACCAUCGUGUCAACGUUGUGAAGAGACGGGCAAGACAUGUGGAUUGCUGAAUCAAGUUGCAGAUGACCAAACCACUGAAGAAACUCAAUGUUUAGAUGUGCCAAAAGGUCCUAAUCGUGGAAGACAAAUCUUAGAGAUAUUAGGUAUUUGUGCACUUGUUACAGUCCUCAUAGGAGCGGCGACCUUAAUGUACUAUGUGUACAGUUCUAAGAAAAUAGAAGAAGAAAAUCAAUUGAGAAUUGAAAAGUUUUUGGAUGAUUAUAGAGCUCUUAAACCAAGUAGAUAUGCUUAUGAUGAUAUUAGGAGGAUAACAAAUCAAUUUGCUGACAAGUUGGGCCAAGGAGCUUAUGGAACCGUGUACAAAGGAAAGCUUUCCUCUGAAUUGCUUGUUGCGGUGAAAAUCCUUGACAAUUCAAAUGAAAAGGGGGAAGAUUUCAUUAAUGAAGUGGGAACAAUGGGUCUCAUCCACCAUGUCAAUGUGGUUCGCUUGGUUGGCUUUUGUGCUGAUGGAUUUGUAAGAGCUCUUAUUUAUGAGUACUUACCAAAUGGUUCAUUGCAGAAUUUCUUGUCAUCUGCAGAUGAUAAGAACUCAUUUCUUGGUUGGGAAAAGUUGCAAAAUAUUGCUUUAGGUAUAGCUAAAGGAAUCGAAUAUCUUCACCAAGGGUGUGACCAGAGAAUCCUCCAUUUUGAUAUCAAACCUAAUAACAUUUUGCUAGACCAGGAUUUCACUCCAAAAGUUUCUGAUUUUGGUCUAGCCAAGUUGUGCUCUAAGGAUCAGAGUGCAAUAUCCAUGACUACAGCUAGGGGGACCAUGGGAUACAUUGCACCAGAAGUGUUCUCUAGGAACUUCGGAAAUGUAUCCUAUAAGUCAGAUGUAUAUAGUUUUGGAGUCUUGCUGCUUGAAAUGGUUGGGGGAAAGAAAAAUUUUAAAGUUAUGGAGGACUCCACCAGCCAUAUCUAUUUCCCAGAAUGGAUUUAUAACCUUUUAGAACAUGGGAGCGAUCUACGAAUCCAUAUUGAGGACGAUGGAGAUGUUAAAGUUGCUCGAAAACUUGCAAUCGUUGGCCUAUGGUGCAUUCAAUGGCAUCCGGUAGAUCGCCCAUCCAUGAACAUUGUAGUUCAAAUGUUGGAGAGAGAAGGUGACAAUCUAACCAUGCCUCCUUAUCCCUUUGCCUCUACUUCAAAUUGAACAAGAAUGAAUGCAUGUUUCCGCAAGAAGCUUAAGUUCAUUGAAGAGUUACCAUGUGUUGUUGUACUUCUGUCUUUCCAUUAUAUAGCAACUAGAAUUACAUAACAACUAGUGGUUUGUGAGUUGAACUGAUCAAAACAUUCCAGUUACAUAAUGGGUGAUUUCGUAAGACGUUUUUCAUCCAGUUAAUUAAUUGCUUUUAUUACUGUACAGUGUACACACAAUUGCUUUGAAAGCAAUCAUAGAUAGUGACAGACUUACAAUCAUAGAUUAUAAAAGAACCACAACUAGUAUGUCUGUAUGUAAUAAAAUUCGGAGUGUGGAUGCAGAGUAGCCAAAAGCCAUUUCCAAGUCUACCCAGGUGCAUUACUAACUUGAAAUUAAGGAGCUUUUCCUGUUUCUGGUUAACAAAUGGUCCAUGCAAAUAUAUUUUUUCCUUA